AUGGCUACUACUUUUCGCCAAGGGUUUAACAAGGUCUAUUUACCCAACAUUGUAUUCAAAUUAGUGAGAGCACCCAAUCUCCAACCUAACCAAGUUGCUUUCCGUGUACCACCCAGCUGUAACAAGUUUGAUAUUCACUCUUAUUUAACCAACAUCUACGGCGUCAAUGUCCAAGAAGUACGCACCAUGAAUUAUGCAACUGUGCACAAGAAGGCACGAAAUGGCAAAAUGGAAGUUCAAUCAUCAGCUUAUAAGAAGGCUAUUGUCACUCUUGACGAAACCUUCCACUGGCCUAAGGAACCAGAGUGGUGUAAAUUAGAUCAGGAACAAGGUAAACUUGGUACAAAGGCUGCUGGUCGCAAAUUGAAGGGAUGGCGCUUCAGAGGAACCGAAGAGGAGAGAACUAAAUUAAAGAAGGUGAAUGAUGAAUUACAAGCAAGGAUGGAGGCCGAACACAAGAAAAAGUAA